AUUGGUUUACUGGGCAAAGACGUACCAACAGAAAGAAUCCCGAGCGUGGCGUUUUGCAUCCCUCUGGUUUCGAUUGAGAGAGUCUGGUGUGUUAUUGCGCCUUGCUGUGCGGGUUUGCUGCUCGCUAUGGAUGGGCCGAAUUCCAGCGCGGCUGCGUCUGUUUCAUGUCCAUUCUCCUUUGGAACUCGGCCUUAGUUACAUUGUAUCCGCUGGACUAUUACAUUGUACUCGCCGCGUUCCAUUGCCUCCCUGAGCUCUGGCCAGCUCCCUCUCCGUCUCUCUCGCUGCUGCACUUUCCCCCCACCCCCCAAGUUAUGAGACCUGGGAAAUGAUUUCCAGAACUGGCCUCUCCUCUCUCUCCCUCCUUCUGUCUCUCCUCGCCGUCCCCUGCUCCGGCACACUCUCUUCCGCCUGCACGGAAAAGCCAUCUUCACCGGGUUGCUUCAAUGUGACGAGACCUCCUGUCGUGCUGGUUCCAGGUGACCUGGGGAACCAGCUGGAAGCUAAGCUAAACAAACCUCAUGUGGUGCACUAUCUGUGCACCAAGAAAACUGUGGAUUAUUUCACCCUCUGGCUGAAUCUUGAACUGCUUCUGCCUCUUGUCAUUGACUGCUGGAUUGACAACAUCAGGCUAAUCUACAACACAACAACUAAAACAACAGAAACACCACCUGGAGUUGAUGUGAGAGUCCCUGGAUUUGGCAAAACCUACCCACUGGAAUUCCUGGAUCCCAGCAAAAGAACUGUUGGGAUUUACUUCUACACUUUGGUGAAAUCUCUGGUGGAAUGGGGCUACUCAAGAGACGAAGAUGUCCGUGGUGCUCCAUAUGACUGGCGCCGGGCACCCAAUGAAAAUGGCCAAUUUUUUAAAGAUCUACAGAUGAUGAUUGAAUCCAUGUACAAACAGUAUGGCAGCCCUAUUGCUCUGAUAGCGCACAGUAUGGGAAAUCUUUACACACUCUACUUCCUCAACCAUCAGCCCCAGGAGUGGAAAGACAAGUAUAUUAGAUGCUACAUUGCACUGGGGGCUCCUUGGGGAGGCGUGUCAAAGACUUUGCGAGUGUUGGCAACAGGAGACAAUGAUCGAAUUCCUGUCAUCAGCCCACUGAAGAUUCGCGAACAGCAGCGGACUGCCGUCUCCACAAACUGGCUCCUUCCUUACAACAACACCUGGUCAAUGGACAAAAUAUUCGUCACCACACCAACAUACAAUUAUACCAUGAAGGACUACCCGAAGUUCUACCAGGACAUCAACUUUAAAGAUGGCUGGCUCUUGCGGCAAAACACUGAAUCACUGGUGUACAACUUGACUGCCCCUGGGGUAACAAUACACUGCCUAUAUGGAACUGGAGUGCAAACACCCGAGUCCUUUUAUUAUGACGUUUUUCCUGACCAGGAACCCAAAGUCCAAUAUGGAAAGGGUGAUGGGACUGUCAACCUAGUGAGUGCUCUUCAGUGCCAAACAUGGGCAGGGAAGCAGAAAGGCAAAGUCUAUAUGAAGGAACUGCCUUCAAAUGAACAUAUCAAUAUGCUGUCCAACUUCACCACAAUAUCCUACAUUAAAAAGGUCCUAUUUGAUUUACCUCUGUUAUGAAUUCACCUUAGUUGUCCUGAAAGCGAGAGAACACAUUUUGAGUCUUGCCACAUUUUUAUGGUGAUCUGAGGCAGAGCAUUCAUAAUGAAUUCUGUGUAAUGAAGCUAUUUUGAACAAUC